AUUUACAAAAAGGCUACCCGGGCCAGCGGCUAGAGUACUACUUUCUCCAUCCCAUCUGCUUCACUUCCUCCUCCUGCACUGCUCCAUCCCCCAUAACCACUGUUGAGGAAGAACUAGAUCUGGCGUCCGAGUGUUGAGAUGACGACGAGAUCAUCUGCGCCCUGCAGAUAGUGCUCAAGGGCAUUGAGCAUGGAACCGCCGGAUCGUCCACGCAAGAGGAAUCUCCCAUGUGGGGAAGGUGAUGGCGAUGGAAAGAAGAAAAAGCCAAGAUCCGUCGGACCCAGCGAAGGAUCCAUCGAUGGAGCGCGUGCUGGAGGCGAGGGCACUUCUGCAGCCACCCCCAAUGCCUCGAAACAAAUCUUGCAGGGAGGAGCUGUUGCCGUUUGAGAGUCGCCCAACGAUGCUACAAGGAAAAGGAGGGGAGAGCUGGUCAAUGACAACAACCAAAGGUCAUCGAGAUGGCGUGUAUCUCGGCGUACACUUGUGUUGGUUCAUGGGUAUCCACACCAUGCCGGUCAAGUAAUACCAUUUGUGCCGCCGAGCCUGCUAGCCGAAUCGACAAUACUUCAUGGUAGAGUUGUAAGGUGUACUUGGAGCUGUCAGCAUGUCCUCCGACUAGGGUUGACUCGCUACCCACUAGUGCAUAGAACUGGCAUGGCCAGCUUGUUGACUGCUGCAUGGACGGGGGAGGCCGAUAGAAGGUUCUAUGCAUGGCUGCUUAGUAGAUUUAGGUGGCAAGACAUGAGAUUCACUUUCCCUGAUGGCCAGCAUAGAUAUUUCACUCCAAGAUCCAUUGUUAGAACAUUGGGUCUGAGUAACAGUGGCCGCCAAGUCGGUAUGAUAAAGUUGCCUCCAAAACGUAGGCAAAAUUUGGCACUCCAUAUUAGAACAAUCCUAGGAAUAGAGACUAAGAAGCAUGCUAGGGAUGGGGGUUUGACAAUUCAAGCCGUAAGCGACGCUAUCAACAGAAUGAUCGCUUUAGGAGAUCUCUGUUAUAAAGACAGAGCUUUUGAGAUGGCUUUCUCACUGUUAGCGGCUGGUACAUGUGUUGGUCCUAAGCAGUCGUACACGUCGAUACCUUGGGAGAUGUUUGCUUGUGUGCUCUGCGCUGAGGGGACUGGUGAGUAUGAUCUUGCAGAAUGGACAUUUGAGAUCAUCAGAGCAGCUGCGAAGAAACUACAAAAAGAUUUGGCGGCCGGUGUGAGAACUCUGAUUGUUGGCGGCAGCCAUUUGGCACUCAUUCCAUGGUUCUUCGACUAGAUGAACUUCGAUGCAGAUAACGUGGAGCCGCACACCGUCCCCCGCAUAAGCGUUUACACCGGGGAGAUAUGCAGGAGGCUGAUAUAUCUCACAAGGGAAUACCCCUAUGUUUUUAAUACCAAGUCUUAUGAUGAGUUCAACCCGCUAGAUGAUGUGUGGCACGGGGUGGUGGGCGAGCCUGGUGGGAUCCUGCGACAUCCAGGUUGGAAACAGAUCAACUGGAAGCGCCGCGGGCAGUUCAGGAUAUCAUUGCAGCAAACCAACAGGCUGCCAUGGACUGUUCCAUAGAUGUAGGCGAUGAGGAUCCCAGGGUUGAAUGCGAGGACGAUGAGAAGCGUAGGGAACGCACAACUGCUAAAGGUAAAUGGGCCGCAGAAGAGAGUUCAGAAAGCUCAAGCAGCGACAGUGAUGAGGAACCAAUUGACCCUAGUGUGUGACUAGGCAGAAGGUUGGAACGAGCUGACAUAAGAGGAGAAAACAUUGAUCCACCAAAUCCCAAUGCCAGCUUAAGAAUCAGCAAUGAUGUCUGGAAUGCCCGUGUUACACGCAAUUAUUGACAAACAAAAUUGCAUUAACCAUUAUCAAAACCGAGAAGAAGUUGUGAUAUGGAGCUUCAACAUGAUGUUGUUGCCAUGCAGGGCCGCGUAGCAUGAACCGGAUGCGGGCAUGUCUGCAGCCUAGAAUUGGUGAUCAAGACACUGGGGGGAGUGCAGCAAGGGGAACUGCUAGAGAUCCAUCUAUGCUACGUACCAGGGGAGAGAGCCUGGGAGCAGAGCUGACAAAACUUGAGGCCCAGGCAAAAGCAGACCUAGAAUAUGCGCAAAUCCGUGGAACUUUCCCGGAUAGGGAAGGAACUUGUAAAGAUGAUGCAGUGAUUGUUGACGAGGAGAGACAUGAGUGUCUAAGAACGUUAUCUGCAGCUGCACUUGCUGUUGUGGAGCAAGCUAUGGAUAAUCCAGAAGUUUUCGAAGGCAUAUUUGAUCAAGCUAGAAGACUUCUUUCAAAUGUUGGAGCUGACAGAGACACCGAAGAUGCUGGAGCGGACAAUCAUGCAUAUGGCAACAGCCGAUCCAAUGGUAACAAUCACGAACAGAUACACUGGGCAGAACUAGAGAGGGAAGGCCAAGAUGACCAACAGGAAAAAGGAGGUGAAGCUGCAGGGGAUAUCCAAACUGACGGCGAAGUUAGGGACAACAACUGGAGGGAGCUACUGAAUGCAAGCCAACAGGCGGCUGCAAACAUGUCUCCACUCGCCACCAACGGUGAGCGUAUGGUCGGCAGGGAACAGGACUGCUUGCGUCAUAACGAGGAUCUAGAUGAUGAGUUCUUUGGGGGUGCAUCAUUGGUGGGUACUGACUAUUCUGCUGAAGACGAUGAGUUGACAGAGUUGGAUGACGAAUUUCUGGCAGUAGCAUCGCAAGUCCCAGUCGACUACAUGGGCGAAGCUGAAGCAUUGAAUGGAGAAACAACUAUGCCGGGAUUGAAUAACUUAAAUGAUUUGCUAGCUGCCCUGAACACAUGCGUCCGGUGGAUCGCAUGGAUAGGAGUAAUACUGGUGGUUGGUAGCGCAAGGGCAGGAGAUGCUGACGAUGAAGACCCCCCCAUCAGCGGCCCUAUAUUGCCGGGUUAGCACGGUGUUCCAGAUGCACCAGGCGGGCUAGCAGCAAUGGGAGAGCAGCGUUCCAGGCAGCGUCAAAGAGCCCGUCCACAUGGAUUAGAUGUUCCUCCAACAUGUCGGCCUGGUCCUUCCUUCAAACAUGACAACGGAGAUUCGGAUGAUGGUGAACCUCGUAGACAUGGACUACAAGCUGUGAAUGAUGGGUCAGCCGCACGCUUACAUCAAGCAGUUACCACGUAUCUUCAUGCCUGUGAUGCUGCCAAAAAUGGUAAGACAAACACAGUACAUGCGGACGUGAUCGAUACAGUAGAAAUGUGUGCAGCAGUGGAGCAAGUCGGUUAAGCUGCAGAUGUGGUGGUUGAGCAAAACGGAACGAGAAAAAAGACGGCUCGUCCAUCUGUGCUAGAUGUGCAAACAUACUGCAAUCCUGGUCCUUCUUUCCAGCGUGACGAAGCAGAUGGCGCCAACGGUGAAGCUCGUGCACAUGGUUUUGCUUUAAACGGGACUGGCUCACUAACUAACUCCCAACAAGUUGUCCUCGCUUACCUGAAAAAAUGUGGGAUUAAGCACACUGUGACACACGGCAGCAAGAGACAAAAUGAAGCAGCAGGGACUGGUGUGGUAGGUGAGCAAACAUCUUCAAGGAGGGAUUGGGGGGAUAAGUACCCGCCGUCAAUUGGGUUGAACCAUUCCCAUCCCUCUCCUGAAGCAAUUUCAAGGUUCAAUGCUAACAUGACUGCCUGUGAGGGUGGAAUUUUAAAGAAGAAAUGGGUUAAGCACUUCCAUCCAAUUUUGGCGGUUGCAUCAGGACAAGACAUCAGAGAUGAGUUGACGCCAGGGGGGGAGGUGACCAUGAAUGUUUGGAGGUGUAUUCAACCCAUGCUACGUGAAAAGGAUAAUGGAAUAUACGUCAAGUGGCUCGACAGGUUCAGGGGGUUGUUCGACCCACGCUUCGUUGAAGAGGUUUGCAGGGAUGAUGGUGACACGGACUAGGAUUACAUAGAAACUAUGAUGAAUUCAGAAGUAAUUGGAUAUAGGAUUGAUUGGCUGAAGAAGUUCUGGUUCCCAGUUGAAUUUAUGGACUGCUGGGCAAUGUAUCUUCUGGACAAGGAUGAAAAGACAGUGAUGGUGCUUGACCCAACUGAGACCGAUGUCAUGGAUGAGAUGAAAAUUAAACACGAGAGCCAUGCAAAGAAGUUCCAGCGAAGGUUCUGCUCUCUAUUCAACAACUAUUUCGGCAACAGGUUGGUUGAAACAGAGGGUUGGAAAUUCCUCUACCCAUUGGUGGCGCAGCAUGAGCCGUGCAGCAGGGAAGACAGCGGAGUGUACAUCACACACUACUACACUGACUUCACCGGGUUGUACCUCCGUUCAACACAGAGCUAGGACCAGAUUGAUGGUUUGCGUGCAAAGCUGGCCUAUGAAAUUGUGACCAUGAAGGGGAACAAGGGAGACGUUCCAGAGUUCGCAUAUGACAUGAUCAUAGAUUGAUGGCCUGAAGAUGAGCAUGCAAGGAGGUCCCUGGGGAGACCGACUCUAGGCUCCGCUUAUCUUUUGUUUAUCCUCGUGGUACUAAUAGUUGCGUAACUGAAGGACUAAGGUUUCAUUUUGGAUCGCUCGAAAAUCCACUAAGGCGAAACAUACUAGUUUUUAUCAGCGAUGUAACCCCUAAGUAUGACCUUAAGACCAAUAAGCUAGUGUCUGACAGCAGGGCGGACGACUGUUGUCAUGGGCAAGUGAAAACUUAUCACUAUCGCUUUAUGGCCGCUGUCAGUCAUUUUGCUUGUGGCGCAAUUAGUAAAUUUGAUAGGUCUUCACUAGUAUUUGAUUUUGAAAA